AUGAUACAGUCCAAUACAUCAUGGCAACCAAAGCUUCGCCCCAAGGGCUUUCUCCAUAGCAUUGACGACUUUGCGGCAGUGGCCUCACUAUCUGAGCUGGAACACCGGACCAGGACGGGGGAGGACAAACGCGACCAGCGCGUUUUUCGGGUCAAGCGCAAGCAUGUUCUGAAGGCGUGUGAUCGCUGUCGCGUGAAAAAGACCAAGUGCGAUGGGAAACAACCUUGCAACCGCUGCUCGGCAUACAACCACCCAUGUUUGUUCCGCGAGCGAAAGGCCACCCAAACCAAAGUAUACUCUCGAGGCUUCGUCGAAAUGCUCGAAUCCCACCACUCACUGGUAGUCAAGGCUCUUCAGAAACUCUACAAUCUCUGCAUCAACAACGAAGGCUUCCCUGGCGAGCCUCUUGCUGAAGCACCAGGUGGCCACCCUCUCACGCACGCAAUUCUAGAUCGACUGGGACUAAUCAAACAAGCCGAGGAGAACGCUGACGAACCAGACGAAGACUCCGAGGAUCUACGAUAUCUGCGCUUGUUAUCAACAUCGACAGAAUGUAGCGUCACAGCUGAGCCUUCGCCUGAGCCUAUGACGCCUCCAGAAUCUUCGCCAACAACGCUAUCAAACUCGAUAUGCCCUAUGCCUACACCCAUGCCGAAUCGCAGAGGCACGGCCGGAAACUGGCAGUGGGACCUUCAGCCGAUUCAACAGCCAAGCUACAGCUACUCUGAUGCCGGAUACCAUGAUUUGAUGGCCAUGCAGCGGUCAUCCAUGAACGCAUCGGAUAUGGGCACUGAUAUCUCGCCUCCCAUUGAACUACCGGCCGACCUUUCGAGUCUAUCGCAUAACCAUCAGCAUAGCCCGCCGUUUCCAUAUGUCCUUGAUGGCUGCUGUGAUACUGCGACUGCACAGGCUGAUGUUAAACCUGUCCUGUCUCGACAUCAUAGCCUGAUGAACACACCCCCGCAUUCGCAGCUGCACUCGCAUGCGCAUCCUACAGCGGCCACUUUGCCUGGUGAUAUGAUUGGCAACUUUCAAUUCAAGGCACCUGAUUCUGAGUUCUAUCAAGGAUUUACGCCUGGCUGGUCUUUCCCCUCUGAGUAG